AUGUCAGAUAAAGCAAGUUCCUGUGAUUCAUCUGAUUUCUCUGAUGGUUAUCCAACAACAACAACAAUUAGUACAGUUGCAUUACAAGCUGGUAAUGCACGUAUUGUACUUGCUGUAUUACGUUGUGGAAGUUGGAUACGUGUUCGAAUUCAACGUAUGGAGCCAGAUCUUUAUGAUAUUGGUGCAAAUGCUGAUGAAGCUCGUUCAUUACAUGAAAUACAUCAACAUUUAUGUACUAAAUUAGCGUCGAAACAAGAACAAAUAUCAGAACUUUUAUCAAAAGCUGACGAUUUAGUUACACAGCAAACUUCAGAUAACCAAAGUCAAGUGUAUGCAGCAAUGGCUGAAUCAUUAAAUCGUGCUUGGCGUGAUUUACUCGGUAUAUUAACUCAACGUGGAAGAUUAUUAGAUUUAGCUAUGGAAUGCUUUAAUUCAGCUGACAAUGUAAUUCAACAAGCUGAAAGAGUUGAACAUUUAUGCAUUACUGGUAGUUGGGGUCAUGAUAUCAGUUCAGUUCGUCGUUUAAUUGAAGAACAUGAAAAUCUAAAACGUACUGGUUUGUUAGAACCAUCUCAUAAUCUCCUGAAUUCAGCUAAUAAUUUAUUAGAACUACUUGGUCGUAUGUCAAGCCAAACUGGCAGUUCAACUUCUACAUCAAACACUGGUCCUAGACAUGCAAGUAUUGUAGCACGUGAACACGUAGCUGCAAUUACUUCAAAAGCUGGAAUGACUAGAAGACAUGCAGAAGAUAUUUGGAAUCGUCGUGAUCAUCUACUUCAAUUAAGAUUAACUGUUGUUUCUAUGGAAGCAGAAUUAGAACGUAUUGUUGAUUGGUUUGUAAAGACUGGUGAACCACGUUUUUCAGACUUACAAGUUGGAACAAGUUUAUCUGAAUGUCAAACUAAUUUAGAUAGACUGAUGACAUUAGCAGACGAAGUACGUGAUUUACAAAGUGCUCAUUCACAUUUAACUCAAGAUCUUCAUCAAGCAACAACUACCGAUUCUUGGCGUAGAAAACGUGAAAAAAGUGUUUCUGAAAUAUUACGUGCACAAGAACAAGAAUUAGGAAUUCAUUCUACAUCAUUAAGUAUGGAUGUAGAUAAUGAAAAUGAAUUGAAAAGUAUUCAUGAUUCCGAUACAUGGCGUGUUACACACGGUGCAUAUUCUGAAUUAAUUACACGAUUAAGAACUACUGAAUCUUAUAUUUGGGAAUUUUUAGAUCGAAUUGAAAAUCGAAGACGUCAAUUGCAUACUAGUGUGAUUUAUUAUAGUGAAAUCAAUGUGUUACUUAGCCAAAUCUAUCAGCUUGAAUCCGAUAUGAAAAGGACACGAGAUCUUCAGCAAACUGGAUUAGAGGAAAUUUAUUAUAAUAAAUUAACUGAUCUAGAAGUACGAGUACCUGGAUUAAAACAAACAAUGAAUGAGUUAAGAACAAGUUAUAAUGAAAAAAUUAGGCCAUCUAAUUUAAGAUCACAACUUGGUGUGACAACCCAAUCUUACAUUGAUGAAUUGGAUCUCACUACAAUAGCAUCAGCUUCAGUUACUGGAAAAAUGCGUGAAGUUGAAGAAGGUAUUACUAGAUGCCGAGAUCUGCUGAACCAACAUAAAGAAUUAACUAUUAAAGUACAGAAACGUGAAGAAACAGAAUUUCGGUUAAAUGAACUGAGCAUGUGGUUAAGUCAAAGGAUUCACCGUUCGCUCGUGGAAUAUGGAAAGUAUGGCACAACAGUCGAACAACUAGCAGAUUUUGAAGAUGUACAUCGGCGUCUUCAACGUGAGCUGCAAUCUAGAGAACCUGAGUUAGAAGAAUUAAGAAUUGCGAUUAGUCGACUAUCUCCACCUGCUGGUAGAUCGAGCUCACAGGAUCGUUUAAAUGAACUGUCAUCUUGUUGGACACGUUAUAGGCAAAUAAUUCAAUUACGAUUGGAAUUAGCUAGUCAAUUCUCUUCUUUACUAAAGGGUAUACGUGAGAAUGAUGCUCAUUUUAAUUCGACAAUUCAAAAAAUGAAUGAAACUGAUAAAAUAAAAUUAACAACAACUAAUUUAGAUUUUCAUCCAAGUUGGGUAAUUGGUACUGCCGAUACACAACAAAUAGCUGAACGAAUUCGACGUGAAUUAAAUAUGACUACAAGUAGUUUAGAAGAAGAACAAAUAAUCAUUCGUCAAUUUAUCAAUCACAUUACUCAAAGAGCUGAUCAAGAUUUGCAAAUAACCGAAACAGUUCAUUUUUGUCAAGUUCAAUUAGAACUAAAUAAUAAACGUUUAAAUCAAUUACGCGAUUCUUGGGAUAACUGUCAACAAUUAUGGGAUCAAUAUAAACUUGCUCAAGAACAAUGGACUAUAUUUACAGAAACAGCUCAUCGUUUGGAUGAAUCGAUAACAUCAUCACUUUCACGUAUGUCCAGAACACCAUUGCCGAAUCAACCACAUGAACUUGCAGAAGCUUUAAGGGUUCAUCAUAAUGAACGCAAUGAAAUAGAUCAUUUAACACUGAAUUUAAAAACAGAAGCUCAACAAUUAGGCUCCAUGAUUGGUGCACAACCGGAUGAUCAUGACUAUAAUAGUCAAAGUUGGAGAUUUAUUGAAGUUCCGAAUAAAUUCACUUCUGGUCUACCAUUAUCAACUAUGGGAAAACGUUUACGUUCAGAAAUGUGUUUACAAUUAGCUGGUUUAGAAACAAGGUGGAACGCAUGGGAUAAAGCAUGGACAUCAAGAAGUAUACAACUGGAACGACGUGGUACACAUUUUGGACAGUUAACAACUAUUGAGGAGAUAGAAGCAGAAAUUAUUUCAGCUGAAAGAAAAUUACAACAGAUUAUGGGAAUGGUUUCAUUAAAUGCACCAUUAUCACAAGUUCAAAUUGCUGAUAGAGAUCUUAGUCAAAUUGAGGCUACGAUACCAGUUUUACACAGUCGAAUACGUUCUAGUGCGCCUGAUAUGAAAUUACAGUUAAUUCAAGGUGAACCAUCACCAACGGAAUAUACUGGAACAAAUAUUGAUUUGUUAAAUGUUUCAAAACGUCAUGAACAUCUUGAAACACGUUUAACAACAUUCACACAAGAAACUGUACGAUGUCGUACUGAAAUUAAUUUAACUCUGCGCUUAUUAAAUGCAGUAGAUACAGCACAGAAAGCCUUAUCACAGAUAACAUUUAAUUUAGAUCGUGUUAAAAAUCAACUACCAGAAAUUUCUUCAGAAAAUCGUUAUCAGAUUGAAGAGAUACGUUUUGAUAUAUCAGAACAAAUUAAUAGAGGACGAGUACUAGCUGAUACACAUAUACCAGUCUUGGAACAAUUAUCUAUUCAAUAUCCACGCCCUAUGGAAGCAAAACAAUUUAUCCAACCUAUUGUAAAUGAGUUUCAAUCAUCUAUUAAUAAUUUAAAUCAAUUAUCAGAUGAGAUUCGUAUAAGAACAGAACAAUCUAUUAAUUUACAACGUUUACAACCUACACAUGUAUAUGAUGAUCAAAUGAAAGCCACUACACUUACAAUGCCAACAAAAGCUAAACCACCAAUAAUUAUUAAACCAUUAGAAAAUAUAACUAUAGAAGAAGGUAAAAAAAUUAUUAUGGAAACAAUAUUUGAUUCUGGUCUUCCACCAGACGCUAACCCGUAUGAUACUAAUCAAUUACAAGUAACUUGGUACAAAGAUGGAAUACCUGUAGUUACUCCAGACUAUGAAGUUAAUUUAACAGAGAACACAGCAAGUUUGAAAAUAUCUGAAACUUUAAAUGAAGAUAAUGCUAUAUUCACAUGUUAUAUUAGUACACCAUAUGGUAAAGCUGAGACAAAAUGUACGUUAACAAUAAUAGAUACAAUUAGUCCAGUACCAGUCAAUGAAAGUUUAGUUCAACCUACUAGGAAUGUAAGAGAACAAAAACCUAUUCCUGAACUUGGUGAUCCGCCUGAAUUUAUCAAACAUCUUAAAUCCAUGUGUAUAGAUGAAACUAGUGAAUUGGUUUUAGAUUGUCAAGCAGUUGGGUUACCUGUACCAAUUUUAUCAUGGUAUAGAAAUGGUCAAUUAAUUGAUCAAAAUCCUGAUUUUAAAAUUACUCAAUUAGCUGGAUCAGGAAUAUUGAGGAUUCCACAAUGUCGAAUAAUGAAUCAUUCUGGAUUAUAUUUAUGUCGUGCUACUAAUCCUUAUGGUGAAUGUUCAACCACUUGUCAAGUGGAUAUAAAUCCAGUUAAGCCACCAAUAAUUAUUCAACCAUUACAAAAUGUUAAUCUUAAAGUUGGUGAUAGAUGCAAAUUAACUGUUCAGUAUAAGAGUGAACUUCCAGUUGAAGUAGAUUGGUAUCAUAAUGAUUUGCCAAUUCAAGGAGAAGUGGGUCGUCGACGUAUUACAAUGGAAUUAAAUAAUAUGAUCACUUUACAUCUUCUUAUGGUUUCUGAUUUAGAAGACGGAAAGUAUACUUGUACAGUUCGUAAUGCAGCAGGCUCAGCUACUACAUAUUGCAAUGUUACUGUUCAACCAACAGAUACAAGAGAAUCUUUAUUACCGUCACAAGUGACACUACGACCAACAGCUUCACGUCGUAGAAGGGAUUUACAGUCUGAUUUAGAUGAAGUAUUUGAACCAGUUAAAGUGCCACGAAUAGUUCAAUCACCUACCGGAGUCACAGAAGAACAAGUGAUUCCAGUUAGUGCAGUUAAAGGAGCCUAUCCAAAAUAUACUCAAAGAGCUGUUUCAGUACCACCUACAACAACAGCCUCUGUACCUUUAAGAAUACAAACAAAUGCCACGGGAGGACGUCCAGUAUCAGAUUAUGGCAGACCCCCACAGUUUAUUCUACCAUUGCAAAAUUCUGGAGUGAAUGAAGCCGAAAAAAUCAAAUUAGAAUGUCAAAUUACUGGGAUUCCUGCACCACAGGUUACUUGGCUUAAAAAUGGUAUCCCAUUAGCUAGAUCUAAUUCAUAUGUAACUAAAGAGAUUGGACAAUAUCACUGUUUAAUCUUUUAUGAUGUGUUUCUUGACGAUCAAGGUGAAUAUACAUGUGUAGCUGAAAAUCCUUAUGGAAAAGCAUUUAGUUCAUGUAGAAUGGAUGUUGAACCGAUUUGUGAAGAUGAACAACCAACUGAUAGUGAACCGACGUUGGUAAAACCAUUACCGCCAAGUUUAUCUGUUGUAGAAGGUGGAUCAGUUGAAUUAACAUGUCAGUUCACUGGAAGGCCAAUACCUUCCAUAGUAUGGCUUAAAGAUGGUAAACAACCACAAUCUUCAACUAAUUUUCAGACAUUUCAAGAUUCUGGUUUUGCACGUCUUUAUAUACCGAAAGUUGAAAAAGAUAAAACUGGUCUAUAUGAAGCUGUAGCAACAAAUCCAUUAGGUAGUUGUUCUACUACUGUAUAUAUGGAAAUACUUCCAUCUAUACGAACAUCUAUUGAUUUAUUGCCAACAAUUUCACCAGUGAUGAGUGGAAGUUCACCGGAAUUUACGCGAAUAUUUAAAGAUGUUUAUAUUGAAUCAGAACGUUUAGAAGAAGUGGUACUUGAAUGUUCAGUAGUUGGUGUUCCAACACCAAUAGUGUAUUGGACACAUAAUGGAAUAAUUAUCAGACCAGAUGACCAACGUUAUACUAUUGGUCAAGGACCUGGUCCAAAUGAUCAUUGUUUAAUUAUCCGACGACCAGGACCAGAAUCAGCAGGUCGUUAUCAAGCUAUAGCUGAAAAUCUCCAUGGAAGAGUUACUUGUUCAGCAUUUAUAAGUCCUAUUGGUUAUAGUCAAACAUUAAUUAAAAGACCUCCAUCUACGAUGAGUUUAACAAGGCAUACAGUUACACGACAAAUAUGUCCACGUGAUACAUCAUUACCUCCAUCACCAGCAAGUACUGCUCCAAUCAUUUCACCACAAUCAUUUGCUACAGUUCAAUUACCUUUAUCACCAGUACGAUUUCAAAGAGAAACAUCAGCUCCACCAUCACAAUACUAUUUGACAAGACAUCAUUUACAAAUAAGACCAAGACAGCCAACACCACCAAUUCAACUCACCUUUACAUUACCACGCAAAGAACAAUCAUUAAGUCGAACAGAGAUAAUACGACCUAUUGAUAGUCAAUUAAAAUUACAAGGCCAAGUAAAACAUUAUAGUAGUACACAACAUUUAUAUAAAAAACAAAUUACACCAAUUGUACCAAAUAUUGAAACACGUUAUUCACGACGUGUUGCUAGUCAACCACGUCUUUCACCAGGUUAUUCAUCAGAAGAAGAACAUGAACAUAGUAUGUCCGUCGUACCAAUGGUACGUCAUUAUAAAACACGUAUGGAAAGAAAUCUAGUAAGUAGACCAUAUAUCAUGUCUGGUUAUAGUUCAGUAAAAGAGCAUAAACGUACAUUACAUAUUACACCAAUGAGACGUGAAUAUCAAACAUCAUUAGAACAUAAUUUACCAGCUAGGCCAAUAUUAGAAAAAGGUUAUGCAGCUGAAGAAGAACGUGAAUAUGAAAUGAAUGUUGUACCUAUUGUACCUCAUACUGAUUAUAAAACUGAAUUAACAACUGAUAUUUAUAGUAAACCAGAGCUGACACCAGGCUAUACUACAGAAACUGAACAUAUUCGAUCAUUUGAAAUUACUCCAAUGGUACCGGAAUAUCAUACAAAAAUGGAACGAAAAAUAGCAAGUCAUCCAAUACUUGAAGCUGGUUAUUCAUCAGAAGAAGAACAUGAACAUAAAUUGGAUAUUAUUCCCAUGACUACUUCAUAUAAAACUGAACUGAACACUGACGUAUCCUCUAAACCAGAAUUGAUGCCUGGAUAUGCUGUUGAAACUAAACAUCCUAUCAAACUUGAAGUCACACCAAUAGUUCCAGAAUAUCGUACUGAAUUAGAUACAAAAGUUGCUAGCCAUCCACAUUUAGAGGAAGGUUAUACAUCAGAAGGUGAACAUGAGCAUCAAAUGGAACUGAUACCGCUAGUGCCUGAAUACAAAACACAACUGUCAACAGAUUUAUCAGCAAAGACUGAAGUGAUCAGUGGUUAUGAAAGUCGAUUACAUUAUGAAAAAACCUAUCUUAUGGAAACUCAAUUAAAACAAUAUGAAACUGCUAUUUCAACUCAUCUACCAAGUAGACCAUCUUUAACAUCAAUAUUUGAGUCGACUUUUGAACAUGAAACAAAUAUGAAUGUCGUUCCAGUUGUACCACAGAUUGAACAUCAUAAAAGUCAAUUGAUUACUGAUUUCUACGCUAGAUACCGUCCAGUAGACGUAAUUGUUGAAGUACCUAUUCCACCAGAAUUUGUAAAACCUCUAGCAAAUGUUGUAGCUGAUGAAGGAGCAUGUGUUGUGAUAGAAGGUCUUGUAAAUGGAACACCACAACCCAAAAUAUCAUGGUAUCGUUCCGGACGUCAAUUAUCUGAUGGUCCUGAUUUCCGUUUAGAUUAUACAAAUAAUCGUGUACGAUUAACACUCAGUGAAGCAUUUCCUGACGAUGCAGGUGAAUAUACUUGUGAAGCUGAAAAUAUUGCAGGUCGUGCACAAAGUACUGCAAAUUUAAUAGUACGUGGUCGUUUAAUGACACCAAGAUUUAUUAAAGGACUUGAAAAUCAAAUAAUAUAUGAAAGAGAAUCAGUUCGAUUAAUUGUUAAAGUAGAUGGACAUCCACCACCAACAGUUACAUGGACUCGUGAUGGUCAUGAAAUUACAAGUUCUUCAAACUAUAUACUUGAAUGUGAAGGUAAUGGUAUUUAUGCACUCAAUAUACCUGAAGCAUUCUUUGAAAACUCUGGUCGUUAUGCUGUAAUUGCUGAGAAUCCAGCUGGAAAAUGUAUUUCUUCUGGUUUGUUAACUGUUUUAGAACCAGAAAGACCUUAUCCUCGUGAAUUAGAUAAGUUAUGUCUAAGCCAGUUGACAGUGCAAGUAGAAGGUCUAAAACAAGUUCAAAUACCAUCUCCAGAACCUCGACCGUACCCAGAGAAGCCAUAUUUCACAAAAACCUUCAGUCCAGAAAUAGAAUUAUAUGAAGGUGAACGAUUAAUUUUAACAGCUGAAGCUUGUGGCAAUCCAAUACCAUUCAUUAAAUGGUACCUAAAUGGACAACCUUUAGUUGAUAGUCCAGAUCAUCAACAAACUCAGGUUGGACCACCAGUGUCUGAUGUGAAUGAAUUACAGCCUCAUCCAGUAAUAAUGACAGGACAUUUAAUUAUGAAUGAACUAUUCUCAGAAGAUUCUGGUCUUUACACAUGUAUAGCAGAAAAUAUAGCGGGUCAAGCAGAAGUUAUGUCUAAUAUAAGCGUUAUAACGAAAACUAUAAGCGAUACAAAAAAGCCAACUGUUCAACCACCGGAGUUUAUUAAAUUCCCAGAAUCUCCAAUAAGAGUUCAACUUGAUCAAGAAUUGAUAUUAGAAGUAGAAGUUAAAGGAUUACCAUUGAAUUCAUUGAAUUGGUAUCAUAAUGGCAUGAUUGUAUAUAGUAAUCCGAAUCAAUUCAUUCAAAAUAUACCAAAUACAGGGAUUACAAGAUUAAUUGUUCAACAAAUUCAACCAGAUGAUCAAGGAGAAUGGUUAGUGACAGCUACAAAUCCAGCUGGUUCAUGUUCAAAAUGUCUUCAAAUAAUUUGUGAAGAACCUAUAUCUGUUCUACCAGAGCCAGUUGUUCAUACUGAAUAUGAAUUGAAAUUAAGUCACCCAUCAAUGGAUAUCACUGAUUUAUCGCAUACAUAUCAACAACAAACAAUAUUUAUACAACCAGAAAUGAUUCCACCAAAUUUCAUUGAACGAUUCCCUAGUGAACUUAAAAUAAAUGAAAAGACCCCAUUACAUAUACAUGGCAGAGUUUAUGGUCAGCCCAAACCAAGCGUACAAUGGCUUAAAAAUGGGAAACCAUUGUAUUCAGAUGAAAGGAUACAUUAUCAUGUAUUGGACAAUGGUGAAGUGGGAUUGGAAAUUACAGAACCAACUGAAGCUGAUUCUGGGAUUUAUGUAGCAUCAGCGAAAAAUCCUGCUGGAGAAGAUCAUUGUAUUGUUAACCUAUCCGUUGUACCUCUGUCAAGCGUUGCCCCAACUGGUCAACCACCAGUAUUCUGUCGAGGUCCUCUCCCUUGGUCUCCGACAGAAGCUGGUCCGAUAAUCACCUGUCCUGGUGUGUUAAACCUACAAGAAGGUCAGCCUGUUCGCUUAGAAGCUGAAGUAAUCGGGAAACCAGUCCCAACAGUAUCAUGGUUUAUUAAUGGUCGUCCGAUUACCAUGGAUAAAACGCACAAGAUCGUCCCCAUGCGUGCAAACGUAUGUUCACUAAUUCUAGACACACCUAUACCUAAUAUUGAUUCUGGUGUCUGUAGUUGUAUUGCUACUAAUCAAUUUGGUCAAGCGGAACUUCGAUUUAAUAUACAUGUCGAAGGUAAACCACAAACAACUUUACAGGCUCCUCGGUUCAUACAAAAACCACCUACUCAACUAACAGCACCCCUUAAUGAAGAAGUUACAUUGCAUGCGGUUGCAGAAGGAAUACCACAACCAGUACUAUCAUGGCAUAAAGAUGGAAAGUUAUUCACUGGAACAUCAGAUGGUCGUAUUCAAAUUUCAAUAAAUGAACUAGAGACAACACUUCAUUUUGCAGCUUUACAAUCUGAAGAUUUAUGUACAUGGCAGUGUUUAGCAGCAAAUAUAGCUGGAACUGCUUCAGCAAGAACAAAAAUUUUAGCACCAAUUGAAGAGAAACCUAAAGAAAUAAUUCGAAAGUUUAGUAUACCAAAGAAACAACCAGAAGGACUACAAGAAAUAACCUCCCCUUAUCCAAUAAUAAUGUCACCACCUCAGUCAGUAUGUAUAAAUGAAGGUGAAAAUGCUCGUUUUACAGCUACUGUUGUUGCAAAUCCAUCACCAAUUGUAACAUGGUACGUCAAUGGCCAACCUGUACCUUCCUAUGGAAUUAUGCAAGCACAACAACCGGAAAGUGAAGAAAUACGAUACAUCAGUAGAUUUGAUGGUUUGAUUUAUUAUCUAGAUAUGCAGAAAUGUAAACCUGAAGAUGCAGGUGAAAUAUAUAUUGUAGCUCAACGAAGUGAUAUUUCACCGGAAUUAGUAAACAUUGAACCAAAUGCUGUUGUGAGUGCAUCUGCUAAACUGGAGGUGAUACCAGUAAUUGAUUUUCGUGCACAACUCAAACCAAUACCAAAACCGUCUAUUGAAGUAAUAGCUGAAAAAGUUAUGCCAACACAAGAAGGUCCUGCAAUUCGUGCACCACGGUUCUUGAAAUUUUUACAACCCCAAACUGUUCCUGAAUCUUCAGAAAUAACGUUUUCAGUUGAAUUCGAUGGGGAACCAGCACCUGAAGUUACCUGGGCACGUGAACAAGUCGAUAUAAAUAAUAGAGAAAACUAUAAGACAACAACAACUUCUACAACUAGUCAACUUGUUAUUUCAAAAGUUCUCUUAGAAGAUACAGGGAAUUUCUCAGUUACAUUGCGUAAUCCAGCUGGACAAGCUUGUAGUAAAUCAAGGCUUACAGUGACACAAAUUAAAGUAUCAGGAAAAGCUCCUGAAUUCAUACCACCAUUAAUAGAAUCACAGAUUGUAGAAGCUGGAGAACCAAUUACAUUUGAAUGCAAGGUUACUGGUGAACCAACUCCACAAGUUCAUUGGGAACGAAAUGGAGAGCGGUUACCUCUAAAAGAUCUUGAACAUAUACGCGUAUUUGAUGCGCCACCGUUUCAUACUCUUGUAUUAUGUGAAACUGUACCAGAUGAUUCUGCUGAGUAUCGUUGUGUAGCAAUAAAUGCUCAUGGACAGUCAAUUUGUAAAGCGAAUGUUACUAUACAAGCUAAACCAGCUGCCAUUGUCCCACCAAGAAUUAUUCAAGAACCAAAAAGUGUAACUGUCAUGGAAUCUCAAUCAGUUCAACUAAUUGCACUAAUAGAAGGUACACCGAUGCCAGAAAUUACUUGGUUACUAAAUAAUGAAAUUAUUAAACCAUCACGUUACUUUCUUCCUGAAAUUCGAUCAGAUGGUUAUACAAUACUUAAUAUUUCUAGUGUUUAUCCAGAAGAUACUGGAGUUUAUACAGUACGUGCUGUGAACUCUGGUGGAGAAGCUCAAGCAUCAGCGGAAAUCUUAAUUUCUGCUCCAUUACAAACUGCUCCACAAUUUGUGAAACCUUUACCUACUGGGACACUAGAAGUAAAAGAAGGUGGACAAUUAUUCUUAGAAGUUCAAGUUUCAGGCGAACCUAUACCUCAAAUUGAUUGGUAUCAUAAUGGUCAAUCUUUACAAUCUGGACCAAUUUGGAAAGUUAAAACUGAUAGAUAUACUUCACAACUUGAAUGUAAUGUAAUCUCCAUGAAUGAUGGUGGUGAAAUUAUUGUCAGAGCAACUAAUUCAGUUGGUCAAACAACUACGCAAACAAAAGUGGUGAUAAUCCGAUCAGGACCCAAACCAACUCCACCAGCUUUUCAAAAACGUCUUCAACCUCAAGUAAAGGCGCCAGAGCAUCACACUGUCACGUUGGAAUGUUCAGUAAAUGGAUGUCCGGAACCAACUUUACGAUGGUUUCAUAACGGUGUGGAGUUUGAACCAGUUUUAAUAUCAUCAUUUUCUCAUGAAAUGGCCGCUAAGAGAGAAUUAUAUAUUGAUGAGGCGACACAUACAUAUACGUUACACAUACAUGAUUUAAACGCUUUUGAUGUUGGAGAAAUUAUGGUACGCGCAGAGAAUGAACUUGGCGUAACUAUGUGUAGUAGUGUAUUAGAAUUAGAAAUUCUUGAUGGAAAAAUUGUUGAACCACGUUUUAUACGUCAACCACCAGAACGAAUUGAAUUACAACCUGGAGAUAGCGCUCAAUUAGAGUGUGAAGUGGAAUCAGAACCACCUGUUACAUUUAAAUGGUAUUUAAAUGGAUUACAAUUGGAUCAGUCAAAUAAACGAUUUAAAGUUCUUGAAGAUGUAAAUCGUACAACUCUUAUAAUUCCAUCUGUUCAACAAGAUAUUCUUCCUAGUAAAGUGACUAUUGAAGCUGCUGGUCAAACUGGUACAAAGAUUGUAACAUCUUCAAUUCUAGUAAUGACAGCUAAAACAGAUGAUUUAUCAGUACCUGAACCACCAGAAUUACGUUUUAGUCGACAACUUCCAUCAAAUUUAGCAUAUAGUGAAAUGGAUGAUACAAUAAUUCUUGAUGUAGAAGUUGAUAAACCAGAAAUAUCAUCAAUUGAAUUACCUAAACCUACAUUUAGUUGGUAUAUGAAUGGAAUAGAUAUAUUUUUAUUACCACCUGAUAAGAAACCUGAACGUUAUAAUGUUUCACAAGAUAAUCCAUGGCAUAGUCGAUUAACUAUUAAUAAACCUGGUACAUGGGAUUUUGGUGAAAUCACUUGUUUUGUAACACGUUUAACUGAUAAAAAAGAAGAAAAAAUUUAUACUUCAUGUAAUCUUGAACUUACUUAUCAACCAAUUAAACCAGACGAACAAUCUAAACCAAUUAUAUCAAAACUUGAAUUUGCACCACAAUUUAUUCAAGGUUUACCAGAAAAAUUAACACCAGAAGUUGGAUCAACUGUUGUAAUGGAUAUUAUAUUAAAAUCAAAUCCAAUACCUGAUAUUCAAUGGGUAAUAAGUUCACCAUUAACAGCUGAAAGAUUUGAAUAUUUCGGUCCAGAACAAAUUGAUAAUGAAACAUUACAAUAUCGUGCUAUAUUACAUAAUUAUCAACCUGAUAAAGAUGAUAAUACUAUGUUACAAAUGAUUGCUACCUCAUCAUUAGGACAGUCUACAUCAAUAUGUCAUAUACAACCAAAAGAACAACAAACUGUUAAUAUACAAUUUGCUAAAACAUUAAAUUCACAAUUAGAAGUUGUAUUAGAUCAAUCAGUUGAAUUAGAAUGUUCUAUUAUACCAACUAAUAUGCCAAUUGAAUUUCGUUGGUAUAUUAAAGGUGUAGAAAUCACUGCUGAACAUAUACCAUAUGAAAUAAAUACUACUGAUUUUACAUCUAUAUUAAAAAUUCCUAAAAUUAAUUCUGAAAUGAUUGGUAGUACUAUCAGUGUAUCAGUAUGUUCUCCAUAUAGUAAUGAAUUAAAAAGUUCUUGUGAAUUAUAUACAAUAUCUGAAUCUCAUUUACCAAUUAUUGAAGAUAUAAUUACUGAAUUACCAACAAUUCCAGAGAUGUUAACAAUUGAAUCAAAAAUAAUUGAACAAGAAUAUGAAUUUAGUUUUAUUAAACCAAUUCAUUAUGAAAUAUAUCAAAAUUCAAAUGAAGAAUAUACUUUAGAAUUAGAAUGUCAGUUAAUAACAGAUCAACAACCAGCGUCUAUUAAAUGGAGCCAUGAAGGUAUUGAAUUAAAUAUUUCUGAUCGUAUCGAACAGGUCUAUGAAUAUGAAAGUGGUUUAGCUAUACUAAUUAUACAUAAUAUUACACCUCAAGAUAUGGGUGAAUACACUUGUACUGCUACACAAGCUCAUCUUCAACCUUCACAAGUUGAGCCAUUACAGAAAACAAUCAGUACGAGUACUGUUGUGGAUAUAGAAGUUCCUGAAACGACAGAAGUUGUGCCAACAGUAACUGAGAAGGUUCUCACCUUCUUACAACCAGUAACACCGAAUAUCCACAUUGUACAAGACCAUAAGGAUCUUGAACUGGAAUGUCAAAUUCAAGCAGACUUAAAGCCAAUUCAAGUUGUCUGGGAAGUUGAUGGCAAGGAAUUAACUCAAUCUGACCGUAAUGAAAUGAUCUAUUUUGAAGAUAGUGGAGUAGCUCGUCUAAUAGUACAUCAAGUGGUUCCAUCGGAUUCUGGUGAAUACACUUGCAAAGUUCAUGGUGAGGUGAUUGAAGCUGAGACCAAACAACAAAUGACCAAAACAAUUUCAUCUGGCUCAAUUGUUACAAUUGAAGUUCCUGAAACGACAGAAGUUGUGCCAACAGUAACUGAGAAGGUUCUCACCUUCUUACAACCAGUAACACCGAAUAUCCACAUUGUACAAGACCAUAAGGAUCUUGAACUGGAAUGUCAAAUUCAAGCAGACUUAAAGCCAAUUCAAGUUGUCUGGGAAGUUGAUGGCAAGGAAUUAACUCAAUCUGACCGUAAUGAAAUGAUCUAUUUUGAAGAUAGUGGAGUAGCUCGUCUAAUAGUACAUCAAGUGGUUCCAUCGGAUUCUGGUGAAUACACUUGCAAAGUUCAUGGUGAGGUGAUUGAAGCUGAGACCAAACAACAAAUGACCAAAACAAUUUCAUCUGGCUCAAUUGUUACAAUUGAAGUUCCUGAAACGACAGAAGUUGUGCCAACAGUAACUGAGAAGGUUCUCACCUUCUUACAACCAGUAACACCGAAUAUCCACAUUGUACAAGACCAUAAGGAUCUUGAACUGGAAUGUCAAAUUCAAGCAGACUUAAAGCCAAUUCAAGUUGUCUGGGAAGUUGAUGGCAAGGAAUUAACUCAAUCUGACCGUAAUGAAAUGAUCUAUUUUGAAGAUAGUGGAGUAGCUCGUCUAAUAGUACAUCAAGUGGUUCCAUCGGAUUCUGGUGAAUACACUUGCAAAGUUCAUGGUGAGGUGAUUGAAGCUGAGACCAAACAACAAAUGACCAAAACAAUUUCAUCUGGCUCAAUUGUUACAAUUGAAGUUCCUGAAACGACAGAAGUUGUGCCAACAGUAACUGAGAAGGUUCUCACCUUCUUACAACCAGUAACACCGAAUAUCCACAUUGUACAAGACCAUAAGGAUCUUGAACUGGAAUGUCAAAUUCAAGCAGACUUAAAGCCAAUUCAAGUUGUCUGGGAAGUUGAUGGCAAGGAAUUAACUCAAUCUGACCGUAAUGAAAUGAUCUAUUUUGAAGAUAGUGGAGUAGCUCGUCUAAUAGUACAUCAAGUGGUUCCAUCGGAUUCUGGUGAAUACACUUGCAAAGUUCAUGGUGAGGUGAUUGAAGCUGAGACCAAACAACAAAUGACCAAAACAAUUUCAUCUGGCUCAAUUGUUACAAUUGAAGCUGGUGAAAAAGAGGACAAAUACAUUUCACCAAUUUUUGUUCACGAGUUAACACCAUUAAAUAUUUCUGAAGGUGAAGAAAUUUAUUUAACAGCUACUGUUAAAGGAAAUCCUCAACCUGAAGAAGUGAUUUGGAAACAUAAUGGAAAUAUACUUCAACCAGACGUAAUGGAUGUUUUAAUGUUCUAUACUCCAGAAACAGGUGUUUGUGAAUUGACAAUAUCGGAAGCAUUUCCUGAAGAUUCAGGAAUUUAUUCUGUUGAAGUCCAGAAUACUGUUGGUAUGGCUGUUAGUCAAACUGAAGUAGUUGUAUUGGUAGAGGUAAGAAAUGAACCUACAAUUUUAAAGUCAGAAGAUCAGAAAGAAUCAAUUGUUGAAGAUGUUUUGAACGUUGUUACUGAUAUUUCAGGUGAUAAAGCAGUUGUAUCUACGGUCGAAGGUGUAGAGUUACUUAAACAAGAAGUAGUUGUUAAUAUAGUGCAAACUGAAAAAACGGAAAUGUAUUCAAUGAUUGAAACUCUACCAGAAAUACCACAAGCGGCGAUUUAUGAACACAUCAUAGAGGAGACUGAAUUCGAAAUCAGUUUGGAAGAACCGCUAGAGAUUAGUGAUGAUGAGUUAUUGCUCGAUGAAGGAGUUACACCAACACAUGUAGUUGUUUUGGAUGUUCUUAUACCUCAUGAUUCUGUGAGCAUUGAUGAAACAAGUAUAAGCGUAGAAGAAGCUGGCAAGGCUCAAUCGAUCCCAAGUGUCACAGAAAUUUCUUUACAUGACGUUUCCUUAGCCGCGGUUUCAGAUGUAAAUAUAACCGAAUUAAAAGCUCUCGAUGCCAAAGUCAGAACAAAGGAAGAAAAAGAAAAAUCGAAUGAAAAAGAAAACCAAACUCAAUCAAUGGAAAAUAUAAGUUCAGAUUCGACCGAACAAAAAAUAAAAGAGCAAAGUAAAGACAAAGAACAUGAAAUAACAGAACUAAGGAUAAAAAAAGAUCAAGAAAAAACAAAAACCACGAAGAUGGAAGAAACACACAAUGCCACAAAAAUUGAAGAAAAAACUGAUGAAACAAACAAAAUGGAGACAUCACAUAAUCUUUCAUUCAAGGAGGUUGUGGUGGACGAGACCCCAGUGGAAUCGGAGACAGUCUCGGUCUUAGGUGUGACGGAGGAGAAGAGCGUGGUCUCAGCGACAGAAGACUUUGCCAUGGAGGUGGAGCAGGUGACUUUGACCGUGGAUGAGGUGUCACCUCGUAUGGAAUCCCUGACGUCCUCAGCUGAAGAACGUGUUGUCAGUGAGGCUGUUCCACUGGAGGAGACGGUCUAUGAUGUGUACGAAACGGAACAGGUUGAAGCUGUAACACGUCCUACCACUGACGCUGUCGCUUCUGGUGUUGUCUCCUCGACUACUCCUUCUCUGUCUGACGUUGUCAGUGUUGAAGAAGUUCCUUCUGAGGCGAGUUACUGAUAUGUGCAUACACACAAUGCACAGCCUUAGGCUUAGUGGCAUGGCAAGUUCUCCCGCUUCAGUCGGUCUUGAAAUAACUGGUGAAUUUUUCGAGGUUUUAUCGUGGAAACUGUCAGAUGUUGCGCCUCUUAUUGCAUGCAUGUCCCGUUAGUUAACAAGUUGUCUAGUACGCUCCUUCAGUCUCAUCUCCUAACAAACAUCAUGCAUUUGCAUUGUAUUAGUGUUUGGAUAAAUGUGAUUCUGAGACUGUUUGUUUCUUCUCUGAAUUUUUGUGAGGCGACAUUUCACUUGUCAUGGAUUGUUCACCUGGUAACUUGUGACCUACUCACUUGAUCUUAGUGUUUGUGAGAGAAUGUAUUUGUGACCUACUCCAUAUGACUGACACUUGUUGGAUGUUGUGUUUGAAACGUGUUUGUUUGUGGUAUUUUUUGGUAUUUUGUUGUUGUUGUUGUUGUUGU